UGCUGUUGUUACUAUUGGUUCCUUGUAUCUUGUAUGAUGUAUGUUGAUAUUGAAUGUUUGUUUACCAUGUGUAAACCGCUCUGAGUCCCCAUGGGAGAUAGGUAAAGAUAAAGUCCAGUCAUGUCCGACUCUGGGGGUUGGUUCUCAUCUCCAUUUCUAAGCCGAAGAGCCGGCAUUGUCCGUAGACACCUCCAAGGUCAUGUGGCCAUAGGCUUGACUGCAUGGAGCGCUGUUACCUUCCCGCCGUAGCAGUACCUAUUGAUCUACUCAAAUUUGCAUGUCCAUAGACACCUCCAAAAUCAUGUGGCCACUGGCAUGACUGCAUGAAGCACCGUUACCUUCCCGCCGGAGCGGUACCUAUUUAUCUACUCACACUCUGGGGUUGGUGCUCAUCUCCAUUUCUAAGCCGAAGAGCCGGCAUUGUCCGUAGACACCUCCAAGGUCAUGUGGCCAUAGGCUUGACUGCAUGGAGCGCUGUUACCUUCCCGCCGUAGCAGUACCUAUUGAUCUACUCAAAUUUGCAUGUCCAUAGACACCUCCAAAAUCAUGUGGCCACUGGCAUGACUGCAUGAAGCACCGUUACCUUCCCGCCGGAGCGGUACCUAUUUAUCUACUCACACUCUGGGGUUGGUGCUCAUCUCCAUUUCUAAGCCGAAGAGCCGGCAUUGUCCGUAGACACCUCCAAGGUCAUGUGGCCAUAGGCUUGACUGCAUGGAGCGCUGUUACCUUCCCGCCGUAGCAGUACCUAUUGAUCUACUCAAAUUUGCAUGUCCAUAGACACCUCCAAAAUCAUGUGGCCACUGGCAUGACUGCAUGAAGCACCAUUACCUUCCCGCCAGAGCGGUACCUAUUGAACUACUCACAUUGGCAUGUUUUCGAACUGCUAGGUUGGCAGGAACUGGGGUUAACAGCGGGUGCUCAUUCCGCUCUCAGGAUUUGAACCUGGGACCUUUUGGUCUGCAAGUUGAGCAGCUCAGCGCUUUAACACACUGCGCCACUCGGGGUCCCUGUGUUUUGUAUUGUGGGCAUUGAAUUUUUGCCCGUUGUUGUGAGCCGCCUUGAGUCCCCUCGGGUGAGAAAGGCGGGGUAGAAAUGUUGCAAAUAAAUGAAUCAAGGAAUGGAUGAAUGUUUGGGAAGGCGCAAAGAGAGAGAGGCUCGAGGCUCAACCUGUGGGAGGCAGUGUGUGCAUGUGUGUGUGUGGAGGGCGCGAGUGGGCGGGGAGGCUUGGCGUGGCGUGGCCUCUUGCUUCUUGCGCAAUGGAGCGUCUCCGGGACCCGGGCGUGGAAGGCGAGUCCUGCCCGGUCUGGUUCGGGACUGGGGCCUCUCCCUCUCCUGGUUCCUCUUCCGCCUGGGUUCCGGCUCCGUCCGUCCGGCCCGCCCGCCCACUCCUCCCUCCCCGAGAAGUUUUCUCCCGGGCGGGCCUCCUUCUUCGGUGGCCAUGGAGGGCGGCGAGGGCGGGCAGCCGGGCCGGGCGGGGAGCCUGUGGCAGGACGCCUUGGCCAUCGCCCUCACGCCCAGCAAGCCCCUCGCGGGGUCCCGGGGUGGAGGGGGAGGGGGCUCUCCCAGGGCCCGCUCCCGCGCCGUGCUCUACGUCUCCACCGAGGACUCGGGCGAGCCGCUCCCGCUCCGCUGCCUCCGCGACGCCUGCGCCCGCCUGCCCGACGCCCGCCUCCACGCCCUCCCCUUCGGCACCGUCAUGCUCGGAGACACGCCACACCUCGACCGCUUCUACAACGCAGACGUGGUCGUGGUGGAGAUGAGCAACAGCCUGUGCCAGCCCUCGCUCUUCUACCACUUGGGCGUGCGAGAGAGCUUCAGCAUGACCAACAACAUCCUCCUCUGCUGUUACACCGACCUGCCCGAGUUCCAGGCCCUCCGGGAAGAAGUUUUACAAAAGAACUCGGACGGCAACGGCAGCUACACCUUCAUCCCUUACGUGGUGACGGCCCAGAACAAGGUCUUCUGCUGUGAUGCCAGCACCAUGAUGUGCCUGAGUGAGCUCUACCAGCCCAGCUUCAACGUGGAGGCCUUCCUGACCCCGCUGACCACGCAGCUGGCCACUCUGCUCGAGGACACCUCCACCAGCUCCUGCGGCUACAUCCGGGAGAUGAUCCGGAGGGACAUCCGGAGGGCCCGCGAGCGGUACAGCGGGGAGCAGCUGAGCCGGGAGCUGAACGGCAUCCAGCAGCGCCUGGACAGCGUGGAGUGCCUCAGCCUCGACAUCGUCAUGAACUUCCUCCUCUCCUACCGCGAUGCUCAGGACUGUGAUGCCAUCAUCACGCUGGUGGAGACCCUGCAGGCCCUGCCAACGUGCAACAUCGCCGAGCAGCACAACAUCUGCUUCCACUAUGCCUUUGCUCUCGACAGGCGGAACCACCCCGGGGACCGCGAGAAGGCCCUGUCCGUCCUCCUGCCGCUGGUGGAACGGCCGGAAGGGGCAGCCCCGGACCUGUACUGCAUGUGCGGACGCAUCUACAAGGACAUGUUCAUCGAUUCGGGUUUCACUGACGCCGAGAAAAGAGACCAAGCCUUCUUCUGGUACCACAAGGCCUUUUUGACCGAGCCGAGCCUUCACGCCGGAAUUAACUCGGUUGUCUUCCUCAUUGCGGCGGGACACAAGUUUGAAACUUCUCCGCAGCUUCGGCAGAUUGGUAUGAAGUUGAGUUGUGUCCUGGGCCGGAAGGGCUGCUUGGAAAAAAUGCAACAAUACUGGGACGUGGGUUUUUACCUGGGUGCAAGUAUCUUAACCGGCGACGUUGACAAAAUCAUCCAGGCUUCGGAGAUCCUCUACAAGCUCAACGCCCCUGUCUGGUACUUGAUCUCUAUCAAAGAAACCUAUACCAUCUACAGUCAUUUCACGGCUCCUCCAGACACGUGGUCUCCCAAACAGGAGCUGGUGGACUUCUGGCUGGGCUUUGUGAUGGAGUGCUGCCAGCCUUUUGUCUCUACCGAACAGUGUCUGGUGUUGAUCCUCGACCUGGGCCGGGUCUUGCAACCAGCCCGGCUCUGUAUCUGCGAUCAAGAGACUCAAAAAUCCGUGACCCUGAGUCACAUCUGCUCCCUGGAAGAGGAAGGCGUUUCUACUUGGACAUUUUCAGUUUCUUCCAUUCGUGGAAUCAGUAUUUCCAAGUGUGACGAACGGUGUUGCUUCCUCUACGUGCUGCACACGGCCGAAGACUUCCAGUUGUAUUUCCCUUCCCAGCACCAUUGCCAGUGGUUUUGCAAUCUCAUCCGUUCUUUCAUGGCCGAGAUGGGAGAGGAAGCUGACGGAUGCAGCUCUCCGGAGGAGCUGGAGUAUGACUACGAAUACACGGAAGUGGGCGACAAGGUGGUUCUCGGCAAAGGCACCUACGGGGUGGUCUAUGCUGGGAGGGACCUCAGCAAUCAAGUGCGCAUCGCCAUUAAGGAGAUCCCGGAGCGGGACAGCAGAUACUCGCAGCCGUUGCACGAAGAGAUCGCUCUCCAUAAGCGUCUGAAGCACAAGAACAUUGUCCGCUACUUGGGCUCCGUCAGUCAAGAUGGCUAUCUCAAGAUCUUUAUGGAGGAGGUCCCUGGGGGGAGCCUCUCCUCUCUCCUGCGCUCCAUGUGGGGCCCGCUGAAGGACAACGAACCCACCAUUGUUUACUACACCAAGCAGAUCUUAGAGGGGCUGCGCUACUUGCACGACAACCAGAUUGUCCAUAGGGAUAUCAAGGGAGACAACGUCUUGAUCAACACGUACAACGGAGUAUUAAAAAUUUCUGACUUUGGCACCUCCAAGAGAUUGGCAGGCAUCAGUCCCAGUGCAGAGACUUUCACAGGCACCUUGCAAUACAUGGCCCCAGAGGUCAUUGACCAGGGACCCCGGGGCUACGGCAAGCCGGCUGACAUCUGGUCCUUGGGCUGCACCAUUAUUGAGAUGGCGACAGGCAAACCCCCGUUCUUUGAGCUCGGCAGCCCACAGGCCGCCAUGUUCAAGGUGGGCAUGUUCAAGAUCCAUCCUGAGGUGCCCAGCUCCAUGUCGGAUGAAGCCAAAGCCUUUAUCCUGAGUUGUUUUGAGGCUGAUCCGGACAAGCGGGCAACGGCUGCCGCCUUGCUCCAGGAACCCUUUCUGAAGUCAACCAGCAGGAAGAAAGCUCGGAGCCCCGUGAUGAUGACAGAUGAAUUUUCAACCUCAAAUGCACCAGAACGAUCUUCAGAGGAGGGUGUAGGUGAGCCCAGGAGCCGUUCCUCGUCCUUGCAGAACUUGAAGGCCCAGGCGGAGAACGUUUUCCUUGCCCGGAGCUGCAGCGAGGUCUCCCAAAGAACCAACCAUCUCAGGGCUCCCGAGGAAGCGGGCCAUUUUGACCUCAGCCUCUCCUCCUCUUCCCACGAGGAGAGCGGGUGCUUGUUCUUGCUGAAGAAGGACAGCGAGCGGAGGGUCACCCUCUUCAAAGUCCUGACCGAGGAGCUGCCCAGCAUCGCAGCCGCCCUGCACAAGGCCCAGGAAGAGAACCCGCUGUCCUUGGAGCUCGUCUCCCAGCUGGUCUCCUGCCUCAAGGGCUACAUCCGCUCUCCCAGCCGCAAGCAGCUGGCCCAGGACCUGCUCCGGCUCCAGGCCAGCUUGCAGGCUGAAGGACGGGGCCUUUGCCAACUACAAGUCCCACUCUUCACUUUCCAAGACACCGUGAAGCAGGCCCUGCGGAAGCUCCAGAUCAAGCCUCACUGGGUGUUUGCUCUGGACAACCUCAUGGGACAAGCCGUCCAGGCAGCGUUUACCAUCCUCUUGACAGACUUGAAGGUGAAGCCACGGGUCUCCCAAGGACCAGGGCGCCUCGAGCCCUUGCACAGUGCGGAAGAAGAUGCCGAGAACCUUCUGAGCCGGGGCUCGUCCCCUUUGCCAGCAGAAGACCUCACCCUCAAGGGCAGCAUGGACACGCCAAGUUCUGGCAUUGGCACCACCACCAACAGCUGGGUGGAUUCCCAGCACGCGCUCAGAGGCCGCUUGCCCCUCAUGGCCCAGCUGCACCAGUUGCAGGCAGAGACCCGGAGGCUGCAGUGGAAACUGAUAGAGAAGGAGCGUGAAUUCCAGAGACUUCUGCAGGAGGCCCUGCAAGCGGUGAAGCAGGACGGCCACGCUCUACAAAGUCCAAAGCCAACAGAGGUUUCUGCAUUUUCCUGGGAGAAAGAAGAGGAGGCGGCAGAUCCCAGGCUCGCUGCGUGGUUAGAAAAACAGGGAGUGGACAAAGCUACGAUUGCAAAGCUCUCCGGCCACGGCUUCACCUUGCCGAUCCUGUUGAAUUGUGCGACAAUUGACGACCUCCGGUACACCUGCAUCAGAGGAGGAAUGGUGUGCCGCAUCUGGAGAGCUCUCGCGAACCAUCGGCAAGCCCUUGGCCAGCCAUUGCAACACGAAGCUGACUGAGGAGACCCCAAAUAAACCACAGACUAUUUACAAGAGGCACUUACUUGCUCAGCAAUGAAGAAGAAAGGAUGUUGCCCAUCCAGACAUUUGGAGGAGGGGGGAAAUGUCCCCUCUCUCCUCCAGAAAAAUAAGAGAAAACAUCACCAUUUCUGUGGAUGUCCCUCUGGCAAAAGUUGCCAUGUGCAAGCACAUCCUGCCUGUUGGAUUCAGAGAUGAAAGAAAGUAGAAAUUGCAAACAUCUCACCUCAAAAGAAGAGAAACAAAACCAUUCUAAAUGACCCUAUGCAAGUUCACUAAAGCUGGAGAGUGCCUUCAAUCUCUGCAAGAAGGAAACACAACAUGGCUAAGCAUCUCUAAAGGAGGAUGGAAACCACCAUUCCUAUUGAACAGAAAGUGGAGAUGAUCUAAACAAUGGACUCCUUGGGCUUCUCUGUGCACCAGACAAGGUGGGAGAUAUCAGUAAAUUAAAAUAAAAAUGCAAGGAGGUAUUUUUGUCAGUGUUCAUAGUGUGCACAGCAAACCGGGACGGUGAAGACAACCAUAAAAAUAGUGACUAAUGUUGUAAUAGCGCCUUGUUGCAUCAGUACAACGUUGUCCUCUCUCGCCAAGUUGUCUUUCUCCCUCACAUUUGUGAAAGCAAGGAGUUCAGGCAAGUUCUCAAUCUUUUCAAUGCAGCGUGACUUCCAAGACCAAGUUUGUUGUCCCAAGCUAUGGUAGACCCUCCAGAAAUGACAUCUCUCAGGUCCCCUCUGUGGAAGUAGGUCCACUCUUUGCCCACGAAGCCCAAACACCCGACGUGCGGUGGGAUUAAGUCCGAGGGGUCAAGUUGGUCCUCAAGGGAAGUUUGCCUUCGACCCACUCUCGCGGCUUCUUGAAGACCAUCUCCCAGACAUGGCGCUCCUCCUCCGUCGAAUCCAUCCAAGGCACUGGGAGGCCAUAGCUGUUCCCUGCAGGAAAACAAAAGAGUCCCCAGUCAGUUGCCAAAAGGAACCGUUAAAAAACUAAGUGUUUUGUAGGCUUGGUGUAGGUGGGCAUUCUAGGUCUAUUUUCAGCAAACUCCUACAACGUUGGUGGGGUUCAAGGGGCUUUUUGAUCAUAGGUGAACUAUAAAGCCCAGCAACUACAACUCCAAAUGUCAAGGUCUAUUUUCCCCAAACUCCACCAGUGUUAACAAUUGGCCAUAAUGAGUAUUCGUGCCAAGCUUGAUCCACAUCCAUCAUUGUUUGAGUCCACAGCGCUCCCUGGAUGUAGGUGAACUACAACUCGUAUGUCUAUGUGUUAAAUGUUUUGAUAUGGCCGAUGGGCUAAUCAAUAAAACAUGAUUUUUUUU